AUGGGCUUCUUGGAGGAGGAGGGCAGCUGGAGCCUGUGCUUCUCUGGUGCCGGCUUCCUGGGUCUCUACCAUGUGGGCAUGGCCCAAUGCCUGCGCCAGCGUCCGCGCCUCCUCCAGGGCGCCCACCGCAUCUACGGCUCCUCCUCUGGGGCGCUCAGUGCUGUUAGCAUCAUAAGCGCAAGUCCAUUGCCUGCAGACUUCUGCUGCUCCCAAGUCCUGGGCGUGGUCAAGCAGGUGGAGCGGCUGAGCCUGGGCAUCUUCCACCCGGCCUACGCACCUGUGGAGCACAUCAGGCAGCAGCUGGCAGAUCAUCUCCCCGACAACAUUCACAUCCUGGCCUCCAAGCAGCUGGGCAUCUCUCUGACCCACUGGCCUGAUGGCAGCAAUCUCAUAGUCACGAGCUUCGCCACCUGCAAGGAGCUCAUCCAGCGUUACAUCAACGGGGGUCUGAGCAACACCAUGCCCUUCUUGGAAUCCCCCUCCACCAUCACUGUGUCGCCCUUCCACGGGACUGCGGACAUCUGUCUCCAGAGCGCCUCGGCCAGCCUGCAUGAGCUGAACGCCUUCAACACCAGCUUCCAAAUCUGCACCAAGUACAUCUUCCUGGUGCUCGAGACCCUCAUAUCCCCCAGCCCUGAGGUAGUGGCCGACAGCUGCAGACAAGGCUACCUGGAUGCCCUGAGGUUCCUGGAGAGACGUGGACUCACCAAGGAACCAGUGCUGUGGACACUGGUGUCUAAGGAACCCUUAACCCCUGCUGACGGGCCCUGGGAUGCUGGCCAUGACAGAGGCCAGAAGGCAGACCUGUCUCUCAACUGGAAAGUGCCCAACGUGCUGGUCAAGGACGUGCCCAACUUUGAGCAGCUCUCGCCAGAUCUGGAGGCUGCACUGAAGAAAGCUUACCUGAGGGAACCCAGCCCCUGGGCUCGCUUCUGCCGGUCGGUGCCCAGCCAGGUGCUGACAUACCUGCUGCUGCCCUGCGUGCUGCCCUUCGAGUAUGUCUACUUCCGGAGCAGAAGGCUGGUGGCAUGGCUGCCCAAUGUGCCAACGAACUUGGUGGAUGCAGGGCCUGCUGAGGUGCCUGGCCCUCGAGGUCUACUCCAGGAUGAGGGCCCAGCUCCUGGGGCCGGUCAGGCAGGAGACCCCGAUAGUCCUCCCAUCACUUGA